CACAAUGUCAACAGAAGAAACAGCAGAAGCCAUUAAUCUUUUGGAGAAUAUGGAAUCGCAGACAGAAGAUGUCACCAAACUUAUAGACCAUCUCCUGAAAAAAGCCUGCGAUGGAGAAUACCAGACAUCAAAAGGAAUUAGUUUUCUGGAAGUGAAAUACCAGCUUUUGUUGAGUUAUUUGAUUAAUCUGACAUAUAUAACAUUACAAAAGGCCAAGGGAGGAAGCAUAGAGGGGGAUCCAGCCAUUGACAGACUCAUAGAAAUAAGAACAGUGCUUGAAAAAAUGAGACCAAUAGACAAGAAAUUAAAAUACGAAGUUGACAAAGUUGUUAGAACUGCUGCCAGUGGCGGAACAGAUUCUUCUGACCCUCUACGACACAGAGCUAACCCAGAUAAUUUAAUUAGCAAGCUGGAUGAUGAGUCAGAAUCAGAAUCUGAGGGAGAAGAGAAGAAAUCAAAAAUUUAUCAACCUCCCAAACUCACAGCCAUGCACUACGAGGGAGAUGAGACAGUACAGGAUAAAGAAGAACGGGCUCUGGAGCGGGCUAAAAAGCGGGCACUCAGUACCAGUAUGCUUCGAGACCUGAGGGAGGAGUAUAGUGAGGGGCCAACUGAGAUCAGGGAAACAACAAGUAAACAAAGAUCAAAAGCUGAGAAGAAACUAAGGGAGAGAACAGAGUAUGAAGAGGAACAUUUCAUGAGAUUCUCUGUGUCUAAGAAAGAUAAGAAUGAAAUGAGGAGAGUUGCGGGAUUUUCCUCGCUGAAUAAUUUGACUCAUUUUGAUGACAUCAGUGCUCUGACAGAAGGUCAAACCUCUAAGGCUGGACCCUCCAAGAAGAGGAAGAUGAGUGGAAAGGGGAAGAAAGGAAAGAAAGGCUUCAAAAAGAAAAGAAAACAUUGACACUGUAGCAGGAAAAAAAAACUGAAUUUCAAAAAAAAAUAUCAUUUGGUUGUUAUUGAGAAAUUCCAAAUAACUAAUAUCUAUGCAAUCUCAUCUAUUGCUCUUAUAAGAUAAAAACACUGUUUUACCCCCAAAAUCUAAAAAAAGGUAGGGAUCAAGUUAGCCAAGGUAGAAUUCAUAGUAUUUCAUUAAAUAUUCUGUGUGAACAUGGAAUAUUUUACAGUCUGGCUGUUUAUGGUGAAAAAAGUUUAGGGCUAGAUUAAUUUUUUUUAGCUCACCUGAGCCAAAGGCUCAAGUGUUAGAGCUUUUUUGAUUAAAAUUUGCCCAUUGUC